GAGUGAGCGGCAGUGCUCUCAUUAACAUUGCGUGCAGCGAGUCCGCCCGGGAGCUGUCCAGCGCUCCAGCCUCCUGAAAUAACUCCGCUAACAAAUCCGACCUGCCUCCUGCUAUAGAUACAACUCACUGUCUCCUGCUGCAACUCACCGUCUCCUGCUGCUACUCACUGUCUCCAGCUCCGGCCUGGGCAGAGUAAGGACACAGUUUGAAGAACACAUAAAAUCCUGCUAAGAUGUCGGAGAUGGUCAAUGUGCAUGGGUGGAUGGAGGAAGCCCUUAGUUCCCAGGAUGAGAUGAAGGAGAGGAAUCAGUCUGCCUAUGAUAUAAUUUCAGGUCUAUGCCAUGAGGAAAGGGGCAGCAUUGAUGGAGAAGAGGAUGAUGAAGAAGAAGAGGAUGGAGAGAAACCAAAAAAGAGGGGACCCAAAAAAAAGAAGAUGACCAAGGCUAGAGUGGAGAGGUUCCGUGUCCGUAGAGUAAAAGCCAAUGCCAGGGAGCGUUCAAGAAUGCAUGGACUUAAUGAUGCCCUGGAAAAUUUGAGAAGGGUUAUGCCUUGCUAUUCCAAAACACAAAAGUUGUCUAAAAUUGAGACCCUUAGACUGGCCAGAAACUAUAUAUGGGCAUUAUCUGAUAUUCUAGAACAAGGUCAAAAUGCAGAGGGAAAGGGCUUCCUGGAAAUACUCUGCAAAGGUCUUUCUCAGCCAACAAGCAACUUAGUAGCUGGCUGCUUGCAACUUGGACCUCAGGCCAUGUUCUUGGAUAAACACGAAGAAAAGUCUCAUAUAUGUGACUCCUCUCUUACUGGUCAUACUUAUAAUUACCAGUCCCCAGGACUACCCAGUCCUCCUUAUGGUAACAUUGAUGUUCACCACUUGCACUUGAAACCCUCUUCUUUCAAACCAGUAAUGGAUCCUUCUGUGGUAACCCAUACACUUAACUGUACCACUCCACCAUAUGAAGGAGCUCUAACACCUCCACUCAGCAUCGGUGGUAAUUUUUCUUUGAAGCAAGAUAGUUCACCCGAUAUGGAUAAAUCAUAUGCAUUCAGGUCCCCCUAUCCAGCUCUUGGGCUUGGUGGAUCUCAUGGACAUGGGUCACACUUUCAUACCAGUGUUCCAAGGUAUGAACUACCCAUAGACAUGGCUUACGAGCCUUACCCACACCAUGCUAUAUUCACUGAAUAAACACGCUACACAAAUUACUUUCUAUAUUUGACCCUAUCAUGACAUUUUUGGAUGACAAUGAAGAUGAGUUUCACUUUUCCUCUUGAAUUCUUAAUGUAUGGUGCAGAACUCAUUCAUCAGAAUGCUUUUCUAAUGUCAUCAUCCCCUAAGACUGUUUAUCCUAUUGUACAUACUGUAUGUUUUGUAGUUUGUUUGUAAGCCUGGGAAAUGAUGUAUAGAAAAUUGAGUCCAUUACAUUGAUAGUUACAAAUUAUAACGGAAAAUUAAAAACACUGAUGUGAACUUUGCUAUUUGGUGUAAACAUAUAGUAGCAGAUCAUAAGAAUAGGAACUCAGCUCAGGUGAACAAUGCUGGGGAGCGCAUUGCUUCUCUAAACUCUCUUCUAGAACUGUUAAUUUCAUGGAAGAUAAAAAAAAAAAGUGCAAUGUAUGCAAGAAUCAAUUUAAAGCACAAUUUUUUUAUGUACCAAUUGCACUACAAUAUCCAAUGCUAUAUGAGCUGUUCAUCGUUGAUACUACCACUGUAUCGAACAGAGCCAUUAAUGCAUUUUUAAUACAAUGUGUAUAUUUUUGUUGAGAAUGCCCACACCUAGAGAUCAUUAAGCACAUUAGGGCCAAAAACCCCUCUUAAUUAUUAUUUAUACAAGUUUUUAAUUUAUUUUAUUAUUAUUUUGUAUUAUUGUGUUUGUCAAAUUACCAUAAAAUAGAAUGCUCUUACUUUGCUGUGGCUCACACUGUUAAUGAAUGAUCAUUUUGUAUUUGUUGUUUUGCAAACUGCAUCCUUAUUUAUGUCAUUAUUUAUUUUAAUCAAAUUUUUUUAAUUGAUCUGUUGUUAGGAGUUAAAGACGUCUGGUCUAUUUUUAUUUAAGUUCGUUGAUAGAUAAAUCCUCAACAGUGAUUGAACUGGCCAAUCCUCGUCUUCGCUCCUGCCCAAUAUUGUGAGGCUGACUUACCAUACCGUAAUGUUUUGUAUUAGAAACUUUUAAUAAUGUGACUGCAUUUUCGAGAUCACUGUACAGAAAAGUGAUAUUUUCAAAUAAAAAUGGAGAAAAUGUCCUCUGACUUGG